CAGGUUGAGUUCAACAUGUCAACUUUACAGAAUACCACAUCCUCUUCCAUCAUUUUCCUGCUAACUGGUGUUCCCGGGCUGGAAGCCUUCCAUACGUGGAUCUCCAUUCCCUUCUGCUUUCUCUACAUAACUGCUCUCUCAGGAAACAGCCUGAUCCUCUUUGCCAUUGUCACCCAGCCCAGUCUCCAUGAACCCAUGUAUUAUUUCCUCUCUAUGCUGUCCACCACUGACCUUGGCCUGUCCAUAUCCACCCUGGUCACCAUGUUGGGUAUAUUCUGGUUCGAUGCCAGGGAGAUCAGCUUUAAUGCUUGCUUAUCACAGAUGUUCUUCAUUCAACUUUUCACUGUUAUGGAAUCCUCAGUGCUGUUGGCCAUGGCCUUUGAUCGUUUUGUGGCCAUCUCUAGUCCUCUUAGAUACGCCUCUAUCUUAACUGACCUUAAAAUAGUACAGAUUGGAGUAGCAAUCAUCACCAGGGGGACACUAAUACAGACUCCUUUGGUGUUGCUUCUUAAACGAUUGUCCUUCUGCCACAGCCACGUGCUCCACCACUCCUAUUGCUUCCACCCUGACAUGAUGAAGCUCUCGUGCACAGACACCAGGAUCAAUAGUGCAGUUGGGUUGACAGCCCUGAUCACCACUGCUGGAGUGGACUCCAUCUUCAUUAUUUUUUCUUAUUUUUUAAUCAUUAAGACUGUCCUCAGUAUUGCAUCUCCAGAGGAGAGAAAGAAAGCCUUUAGCACAUGUGUCUCACAUAUUGGGGCUGUUGCUAUAUUCUAUAUUCCAUUGGUUAGUCUGUCCUUUGUACACAGAUUUGGGAAACAGGCUCUACCUUAUGUACAUACUCUGAUUGCCAAUGCCUACCUGCUAAUCCCCCCUGUGUUAAACCCCAUCAUCUACAGCGUGAAGACCAAACAGAUACGCAGGGCUGUGCUUAAAGUUCUCCAGCCCAGUGCAGCAAAGGAAUAG